UGGUCCGCCUCUCUCCUCCCAACCCAAUUCGGCUGUUCUCGUCGCGGAGCGUUCAAGUGGAGGAAAAAAAGGAAAGGAGAGGGGGGAAACUGGACGCGCUAGGAAGGAAAAAAGUAAACGAAAAUAAAUAUUAACACCAACCGUCAGCGAAAAGUGAAAGCGGUACGAAUCGAAGCUUUGAAGACGCCAAUGAGAUCCAUGUAGAGCUGGUUUUUCACAGUCUAUGGUGUAAACACAUUAGCUAGCUAGUUGUGACAUUGCGCCGUGAGCGACACAGCAGAGGGAAAGGUCUCCUCCCAGUCUGUUGACGGAUACAGUUUGGCUACAUUGACGGGAGACACGGCUAGACCUGACUGUAGGCUACAUAACACCGGCCAGUGCUGUAUUGCCCAGGAUGUCUUCCAAGGCUCACGGGUCCAAUAACAUCGCCCAUGCUCGGCGGACGGUGCAGCAGCUGAGAAUAGAGGCCAACAUUGACAGGAUAAAGGUAUCCAAGGCCUCUGCAGACCUUAUGAACUACUGCAGUGAACACGCCAGAAACGACCCUCUCCUUAUGGGCAUCCCUGCCUCAGAAAAUCCCUUCAAGGACAAAAAGCACUGCACUAUAUUGUAGUGGAUGCCACGUAGCCUUUAAGUGUUUAUUUGUUUGCUUAUUAAUGUUGCUGUAUUCUUUUUGCUGGGAGGAGUGAAGGGUGGACUGUGAUCGUAUCAUUACCAUGUGUUCACCGGUUCUGUUAACAAGUCAGCAAUUCAACCAGGAUUUUCUCAAAAACAGCAGUUCGUAA